GCGAAGGGGGAGCAUAACGUCGGGUCGGGUCAGCGGGCGCUGCAGUAGUCGCCGCAGCGGCGAUGGGAGCGGUGGGGACUAGGCGGCGGCGGCGGCGGCAAGAGGAACAGGGGCUGGUACGAGAGCAGCGGCUGGGGGCGGCCAGCAGCAGCAGUAACGGCAGCGGCCGCCGCCGUCGCCAGUAAGCGCGGACGGUACCUGAGGGGACAAUCCAGCCGGCCGGCCCUCGAAGCCGCGCUCAGGUCCCGCCGCAGUCGGCGGCGGGGGAUGGGCAGGCGGCGACGGUCCCGCCUGCCGAGGGUUGUCCCCUGCCGGUCCUGGCCCUGAGCUGGACCCCAGCCCUCCGCCCGAAAUCCCCGCGUCCGCCACGGCCCAGUCAGAAGUUCUUUGAGACGAUGCUGUUGACUUUGGCCAAUUGGAGAAUGCAGUCAUCUGACUCACCCAUCCUGCGAAUGGCCCCACAGAUAGUGUUAAAUGGAAACCACCCCUGGGAACUGGAUGCCUGUGUAGCUGUUCUGCCACAUCAGUAUAUUGCAAUGAGUGGGGGAGGAGAGCAGCCGGAUAUCCUCAGUGUUGGCAUCUUGGUCAAAGAGAGAUGGAAAGUGCUGAGAAAGAUUGGGGGUGGUGGUUUUGGAGAAAUUUACGAUGCUCUGGAUAUGCUUACCAGGGAAAAUGUUGCACUGAAGGUGGAAUCAGCUCAACAACCAAAACAAGUUCUGAAAAUGGAGGUUGCUGUUUUGAAAAAACUACAAGGGAAAGACCAUGUUUGUAGAUUUGUUGGCUGUGGGAGGAAUGAUCGAUUCAACUAUGUGGUCAUGCAGUUACAGGGUCGGAAUCUGGCAGAUCUUCGCCGUAGCCAGGUCCGGGGCACGUUCACCAUUAGCACUACUCUUCGGUUGGGAAGACAAAUUCUGGAGUCUAUUGAAAGCAUCCAUUCUGUGGGAUUCUUACACCGAGACAUUAAACCGUCAAACUUCGCCAUGGGUCGCUUUCCUAGUACGUGUAGGAAAUGUUACAUGCUUGAUUUUGGCUUGGCUCGACAAUUUACCAAUUCCUGUGGUGACGUCAGAUCACCUCGAGCUAUGGCAGGCUUUCGAGGGACGGUUCGUUAUGCAUCAAUCAAUGCUCAUCGGAACAGGGAAAUGGGAAGACAUGAUGACCUUUGGUCCUUAUUCUACAUGUUGGUGGAAUUUGUGGUUGGUCAGCUGCCUUGGAGAAAGAUAAAAGACAAGGAGCAAGUAGGCUCUAUUAAGGAGAGGUAUGACCACAGGCUCAUGUUGAAACAUCUCCCUCCAGAAUUCAGCAUCUUUCUGGACCAUAUCUCUUCUUUGGAUUAUUUUACAAAGCCAGACUACCAGCUUCUUACAUCCGUGUUUGACAAUAGCAUCAAGACAUUUGGAGUAAUUGAGAGUGACCCUUUUGACUGGGAGAAGACUGGAGCUGAUGGUUCCCUGACAACCACCACUACUUCUACCACUCCUCAGUUGCAUACCCGCUUGACCCCUGCUGCAAUUGGAAUUGCCAAUGCCACUCCCAUCCCAGGAGACUUGCUUCGAGAAAAUACUGAUGAGGUAUUUCCAGAUGAGCAGCUUAGUGAUGGAGAGAAUGGCAUCCCUGUUGGUGUGUCACCAGAUAAGUUACCUGGAUCUAUGGGACACCCUCGUCACCAGGAAAAGGAUGUCUGGGAAGAGAUGGAUGCCAACAAAAACAAGAUAAAGCUUGGAAUUUGUAAGGCUGCUACCGAAGAAGAGAAUAGUCAUGGCCAACCGAAUGGCAUUCUCAAUGCGCCAAGCCUCGGUUCACCAAUUCGUGUCCGCUCAGAGAUUACUCAGCCAGACAGGGAUGUUCCAUUGGUGCGAAAGUUACGUUCCAUCCACAGCUUUGAACUGGAAAAACGUCUGACGCUGGAGCCAAAACCAGAUACUGACAAGUUUCUUGAGACCUGCCUGGAGAGAAUGCAGAAAGAUUCCAGUGCAGGAAAGGAGUCUCUUCUCCCUGCUGUGCUUCACAAGCCUUGUAUUGCUGCCGUGCCCCGUGGUGACCACAUCUGGCACUAUGAUGAAGAGUAUCUUCCGGAUGCCUCCAAGCCUGCCUCUGCCAACACCCCUGAGCAGGCAGAUGGUGGUGGCAGCAAUGGAUUUAUAGCUGUUAACUUGAGCUCUUGCAAGCAGGAGGUUGAUUCCAAAGAAUGGGUGAUUGUGGACAAGGAAAAAGACCUUCAGGAUUUUAGGACAAAUGAGCCUGUAGGCCAUAAAACAACGGGAAGCCCUUCCGACGAGGAGCCUGAAGUGCUUCAGGUCGUGGAAGACUCACCUCAAGAUGAAAAGUUCCGAUUAGGGCCUUGGGCAGAAAAUGAUCACUUACAGAAGGAAACCUCGGGUGUGGUCUUAGCACUGUCUACAGAGCGUCCCGCCACCGCUACUGCAGAGCAGUAUACAGAUAGGCUAGAACUCCAGGCUGGAGCUGCUGGGCAGUUUAUUGCAGCAACACCCACAAGUCCAAUGGAGGCACAAGCUGAAGGACCCAUCACAGCGAUUACAAUUCCUAGACCUUCUGUGGCAUCUACACAGUCAACUUCAGGAAGCUUUCACUAUGGUCAGCAACCAGAGAAGAAAGAUCUUCAGCCCAUGGAACCCACUGUGGACCUUUACUCUCCAAAGGAGAAUUUCUCUGGCUUGGUUGUGGCAGAAGGUGAACCUCCCAGUGGAGGAAGCAGAACGGAUUUGGGGAUUCAAAUAGAUCACAUUGGUCAUGACUUGUUACCCAAUAUUAGAGAGAGUGACGGAUCUCAAGAUCUGGGACCAAAAGACCUUGACCAAAACAGACUAAAUGUGAGAGAACCUGAGAACCUCCCUGCGGAAACUGAAGAGAAAAGCAUUCCAGGGUCUGACAAUGAAGAUGAAAAGUUAAGUAAAGGGCAACACUGUAUUGAGAUCUCCUCUAUCCCAGGAGAUUUGGCAACAGUGGAAAGGGAUCAUUCAGCUACUACUGAACCUCUUGAUGUGACAAAGACACAGACUUUUAGUGUGGUGCCAAAUCAAGACACAAAUCAUGAGAUAAUGAAGCUUCUGGCAAUUGGAACUUCAGAAACUUCUGCAACAGUCAUUGACCCACAUGAUGAAGGACAGAUAGGCCAGGUGGCAACAGGGCAUAAAAACAAAAUAGGCAAAGAUGAUGACAUCAAGAGUGAAGACUUGAUGGUUCCUCAAGAAGACCUUUCUACUUUUUUGCACCAGGAUGGUAAGAGAGAGAAAAUUGCCACUAGAAAUGGAGAAUUAUUUCAUUGUGUUUCAGAGAAUGAACAUGGUCCUUCAGCCCGUAAGGAUGUUGUUAGGUCAUCCUUUGUAACUAGACACAGCCGAAUCCCUGUUUUAGCACAAGAGAUAGAUUCAAGUUUUGAAUCAUCCUCUCCAGUCUCUGCAAAAGAAAAGCUCCUCCAAAAGAAAGCUUAUCAGCCAGACCUGGUCAAACUUCUGGUGGAAAAAAGGCAAUUCAAGUCUUUCCUUGGUGACCUCUCAAGUGCCUCUGAGAAACUGCUGGAGGAGAAACUAGCUGCUGUUCCUGCUCCCUUUUCUGAGGAGGCAGUCUUCACGCCCUUUCCAAGACUGGCAGUAGAUUCUCACCUGAGUAGGUCAGUUGAGGACAGCUUUCUGUCACCCAUCAUCUCCCAGUCCAGAAAGAGCAAAAUUCCAAGGCCAGUUUCAUGGGUCAACACAGAUCAAGUCAGUAGCUCAACUUCAUCUCAGUUCUUGCCUCGGCCACCCCCAGGAAAACCACCCUCAAGGCCUGGAGUGGAAGCCAGGCUGCGCAGAUACAGAGUCCUAGGGAGUAGUAACUCUGACUCAGACCUUUUCUCCCGCCUGGCUCAAAUUCUUCAAAAUGGAUCUCAAAAGCCCCGGAGCACUACUCAGUGCAAGAGUCCAGGAUCUCCUCACAAUCCAAAAACACCACCCAAGAGUCCAGUUGUCCCUCGUAGGAGUCCCAGUGCCUCUCCUCGAAGCUCAUCCUUGCCUCGCACGUCUAGUUCCUCACCGUCUAGGGCUGGACGGCCCCACCAUGACCAGAGGAGUUCAUCCCCACAUCUGGGGAGAAGCAAGUCACCUCCUAGCCACUCAGGAUCAUCUUCCUCUCGGAGGUCCUGCCAACAGGAGCAUUGCAAACCCAGCAAGAAUGGCCUGAAAGGAUCCGGCAGCCUCCACCACCACUCGGCCAGCACUAAAACCCCUCCAGGAAAGAGUAAGCCAGCCAGUAAACUCAGCAGAUAGGAGCCAAGCUGCAUCUCUUGGAAAGGUGUGAGAUCUUCCUCCUAAGCCUGAUGCAUGUGUGUCUCUGUACUGUCUAUUUAAAAAAACCAGUGUUGAUCUUUUGCAAAAGAAAGUAACACGAUCAGUUAUUUAUAAGAAGACAUAAAUAUAUGGAAUGACCUAAGGCAGGCAGCAAGCAGAUCAAGAGUCAAUGCCUUUGUAUGGAAGGGACAAUCCAGCAAAGUCUAAGGGGGAGGAAACUCAUUAAAUGAGCUCACAUUUUAUAGCUGUCUUCGAAACAAGAGUUGAGAGGAGGAGACAGAAUGGAAUUUUAAGGGGUUUCACCUAAUUUUUUAAGCUUCUGCUCAAAGAUUAUAUAGCAGAAGUGAAACUUCUUGUUGAUAUUUUCAUUCAAAAUUUCCUAACCUAAGAGAGUCAUUACUUGGAUACUACAGUAUGCAGGAAGCCUGUUGCCAGGGAAGCACACUCCUGAAUAUUUGGCUUGUGUGUCUUUUUAGUGUGUGAGAAUCCACACCUUUACUUUGCCUCAUUCCUGAUACCCUCCUUGGAUUUCACAUUUUUUUUAAAAAGCUACUGCUUCUCUCCUGACCCAGAUUCGCUUAUUUUAACAGUGCAUCCCAAUAGGGAUUUAGCACACAUGCUGAUAAUUUCAAAUCUAUUUACCUUUUUUUAGUCCCCCAGUAUCUUUCAUUGGCACAACAGUUAUUUACCCAGUACACCUUUAUUGUGAAAAAUAACUGAGAAACUUAGGUAAAGGAAAGAAAAGUUUAACUAGAACUACUUUGCAGGCUUUAGGGUCUGGAGAGAGAGGGAUCAAGAUUCAGGUGACAAUCCUUCAAGAUAGAGGGGCCCUCUUUCUCCCUGUACAGUUUCCUCCCUGUGGAAGGAAAAGUGACCAGAGCAGACUGCUUCCUUCAGUCUCCUAGGUACCAGCUAUUUCUACUACCAACCUCUAAGGAUGAUAACAGGGAAGCACAUGCUUUGGAAUGUGACUUUAUGCUUUUAGAGAUUUAGAAAGGAAAAUAGAAAGAAAUUAAGUAUGUUGUUGAGGUUUAUAAUCCUUGUUCUUUGUAUUUUAUACAUUUCACCAAUAAGGAAUGAGUAUCUGGGGAAAUAAAUGUAGGCUAAAUAUUUUUUCUUUUAAUGUUUUAUUACCUGCUUCUCCUUUGCUUUUGUUCAGUAGUUGGGCUUCUUGGCCUGAUUUCCAUGUAAUCUCAAGUUAUGAAGCUAUAAGGAGAAUCAUAUUUAUUCUAAUGUCACUCUUCUGCUAAUAGAAAUCAGGCAAAAUUAAAGCAUACUAGACUUUUAAAAUGGGCUCCUUUCUGCUCUCUAGGUGUUUGUGUUGUACAGACCUUAUUAAGGUCAGGUAAAUUGGCCUGCUUGCUGUUGAAAUUUGCCUUCUAGCAAACAUCUGUGCUUUUCUUUGACCUUGUCUUUGCUGCCAAACCUACUAUGGUUGAAUUGGAAAACAAAAAAAAGGAAGAAAUUAUUUCCUCACCAUGUGAACCUAUUCUAAUGCUGCAUCAAAGCUGCCCUGAAGCUGCACUGAACUAUCCUUGUUCUCUUUAUCUGUGUUAACUUUUUAAAAAAUAAACUAUAAACACUAUUGAGGCAUAUAAGGUCUCCCAUCAGAAACAUAGCUUAAUGUGGAAUCUUAAAUUCUCUCCAGUUUCAAGCACUACAGAGGAAUGCAAUAGAUAAGACAUAUUUGCUGUUUAUCUAAAGCAGUUGUAAUAUUGAAAGACCAAUCCUUCUGUAUUAUAUUGUAUAAUAGCUGCUGUAACACUACUUGCAUGUCUUCAUGGUAAAUUAUAUAAAUAUUUAUAAAUAUAGAGACAUAUGCUUAUAUAAACUCAUUAUUUCUCAUUCUCCAUUUGUAAUUUCAAGACCACAGAUGGUGAAAUUCCUUUUCUAUUGUGUGCCUCGUGUACACUUGGGCCUUGCCUAUCUUCAUUUUCUAAAAAUGUUCUUGGCAUAUGACACCUCAAAUUCUUCUUGCCGUCCCUGUGCAUAGUACAAGGGUUGGCAGAUUCUAACAAGCCAAGAUGGGUUAAAUUUCAUUUAAAAAAGAUUUGACUAGGGUGAAGAAUCCCUGGAAUAUGCUGUAAUACUGGUUCAAACAUCCGUCAUGAUAAUCACGUUGUUCUAUCCUUAAGGCUAGAGUGGGUGAACUGGGAUGAUAAUCAUGGGUCUUGACAUAAAUUGAUUUUUUUAAACUUUUCUUUUUAAAAAUUCCAUCUUACUCUCCUGUUUCACCUCACUUUUAUCUUGUUGGGGGGGGUGGGA